GCUCCGAGUCCAAGUGGGGAAAGGUGGGAGAGGAACUCGACGCAUUACUGCAGCAGCAGCAGCAGCAGCCACGCGCAUCACGCAGGCGCAGAGAAGCGCGAGAAGGAAGGAAAACAUUAGGAAUCGACCUCAACAGCUUCUACACUGGAAAUUCGAGCACCGAGCCGAGCUUUUUGCUUCUUUUUUUGGGAAGGAAGAGCUGGAUGCUGAGGAGAACUACGCAGCAUCACUCAGCUCACUUCUCUUUGCUGACUCGGCUGCUUUUGUGGGGGGGUUGCUGCACUGCGACACUUUGAUGAUUUUUUUGGACAAACUUUUUCUGUUUUUGUUGUUGUUUUCCGCCUGAUUCUUUGUUUUGUCACGGUUUCACUUCAUUGUUAAGACUUUGGAACCUCCUUGUGCCUCCUCCUCUCGCUUCUCCUCCUACUCCGCUGAGUCAGCGCAAACAGCUGCAUAGAACAUGUCUGCCCCAGAUGCCGCAGCCCCAGGCGCUCCGGGAGCCCCCGGUGCAGAGGGAGCCCCGGGAGGUGGGCCCCCAGGUCCUCCCAACACCUCCAGCAACCGCAGGCUACAGCAGACGCAGGCCCAAGUCGAGGAGGUGGUGGACAUCAUGAGGGUGAAUGUGGACAAGGUUCUGGAAAGGGACCAGAAGCUCUCCGAGCUGGACGACCGAGCGGACGCCCUUCAAGCUGGGGCGUCACAGUUUGAAAGCUGCGCGGCCAAGCUGAAGAACAAGUAUUGGUGGAAGAACUGCAAGAUGAUGAUAAUGAUGGGCAUCAUUGGUGUCAUCGUGGUGGGGAUAAUAUUCUUAUACUUCUUCUACUGAGCUUCGCCCGUCAAAAUGGAUGAAUAUGGACUUGAGAAUGUUGAUGAGAUGGCAGACGGGAGCGUACAAAAAAAAGAAAAAAAACAAUCCCCCACCCUUUUCACCGUCCUGACCUCUCGCAUCACGGCAGCUUUCACUUGUCUCGGCUGUUUAUUUUUUUGUCGUUGUUUUUUUUCCCCCUUGCCUGCUCGUCCUCCUCCCAGCGCCUGUUUUCGGCUUAAACUCUGCUCGGGUUCAUGGCGGCUCAUGUAUUAUUGAAGGAGAGAGAAGAACAUUUGCGUGAGGUUAGUGAUGCGUACGGGAAGCCGUUUUAGCUUCUCUUCCAUUUGCUUUAUAUCCAGCUCCAGGCCUGUGCUUGUUCUACUAGUUUGCCUUAUUUGUUCCUCUUGUGUACUUAAUUGUCCUAGUUUUGGGGAACAAAGGGCAUUCUAGUAAGCUGCAUAUCGAGGAAAUGGGAAGAAAUCUUGAGCCUCCUUUAAUGUGGGCCCGAUUUGCGAGCUUAGAGGGAAUCAUUUGUCACGCUUGGUUUUGAGGAAGAGUGAUGAUUCGAAUGGACGAGAUCAAAGUUCAGCAUUUAAUCACAUUUCUACAGUUGCACUAGAAAAAAAAAAAAUGUUAGUCUCUCAAAUGUUUGGCUCAGUCGUGGACAAAGUUUUGUGUGUGGUACUAUGUCUCCUGGUUUUGCUGCUGCUGCCACACGAAAGCAAAACCAGUCAAGGUGAGCUUGGCUUCCUAUUUGCAUGACAAACACGGUCGUGGUAGUUUUCCGUCCUAAUAGCGCCAUUAGCGCAUCCGCUCUUUCAUUCUCUAACUGCUCUCUGUUGAACGUCUUCCCGAUCGGCUAACCGCUCACCAGUGCCAAACCGCGACUACUUUCAACUGUUAGCAUCAUGUAGCACUCUAACAAGGCAUUUGUCACCUUCAUGUCCAUCUUUCAGGGUUUUUUGAAGGAGGGGUUGUUAACAUAUAGUUAAGAUGCGCAUAUUUUCUUCUAAGACUAAUUUGUGGGUGUAAUACAUUAAAAAUGACAACAAGGUGCGUUUCUGCAUAGCUAGCGGUUGCUAACACACGUUGCAGUUAGACGGCGAAACGGGAUUAUUUGGCACUGAACACCUGUUUUGUGAUUUACAUGAGCAACGCAGCGGGAGGUGAAAAUGUUUGCCGGACAAAAUGCAUGCUUGUCAAUUUUGCUGAUGCCAAUAAAACAAUUAAAACAGU